AAGCCCACUGGAUGCAGAAAUUGUAUAGCUCGGUCGGUCCGCUCUCAGUGCACUUCUAGAUUCUGACUAAACGAGAGCCAAAUUAAAUCAACGACUGCUUUCACACUUUCCAUAAAGAUAUACAUACAUAGUAUGUAUUUCUAUCUGUGUCUUUUGGGUUGCUUUUGCGGCCUGAGGAUCGCAGCAGCUGCCGUUGUUCUCGAUGCCCUCGGAAGGUUAAACCUGAGUGCCACCUGUCCGGACACCUUUUGCAGUUUGACGGAGAAACCGAUGCCAUACUCCGAUACGCCAGCAUUGCAAUUACGGGAACUCCAUCUCAGCAACUGCAGUCGCGAGUCCGUGCCAUGGAUACUGCUGAAUCUGACGCCCGGAUUGCGGACCCUGGUCAUCCGGAAUUGUGGAUCUUAUGGCAUCAGCAAGGAGAGUCUUAUGCCGGUGGUUAAUCUCACCUCCCUACAAAUGCAGCGCACGAAUCUGUGGGCCUUAAGAGCUGAUCAGUUCUCUAUGAUUCCUAAGCUAGAGAUUCUCGAACUCGGUCACAACAUCCUCUAUCGGGUAAACGCGAAUGCCUUCAAUGGAAUACCGAAACUCAAGUUACUUGGCCUCCAAGGUAAUGGCAUCGAGGAGAUACGGGAGAACACCUUCGAUCCCCUCUUGGAGCUGGUGCAUCUGGAUUUAAGUGGGAACCUGAUUGAAAAAUUACCCAAAGAUAUAUUUGCCAACAACACAAAGUUGGAAACCCUCCUCCUGAAUGGAAAUCACUUAACUACCCUGCUGUCGGAUACUUUGAUACCAUUGACGAACCUGCGACUUCUGGAUUUGGGACGUGCCGGUCAGUUGGAUAACCUGAUGCUAAAUAUUAUCAAUGUCCAGACCCUGGUACUGGAAGGCAGCAGCCUCACCGAUUUGAUAAUCCAGGGCGGGUUUAUCCGACUCAAGGCGUCCAACAACGAGCUUAGUCACCUCUAUGUGGGCAACAAGUCAUCCGUUAUCGAAAUGGACCUCCACGGGAAUUUGUUGAAUGGAAACGAUACCUACAAUCUGCUGCGUGGAAUGUGGAGCCUUGAAAGACUGGAUUUAUCCAAAAAUAUAAUAGAAUCAUUAGCUUUCAAUGAGGCUUACAGUGAGCAGCAGGGCCUGUACAUCCUGCCAAGCUUAAAGUACCUCAACAUGGCCAACAAUCGACUGGUUUCAAUACCAUCGGACUCGCCCAUCCUGUCAUCCCGCCUCACCUACUUGGAUCUGUCCCACAAUCUCCUCCUGACAUUGGAAGUGGAGAAGCUGGCUGGCUUGCCAAACUUGGAGGUCUUGUACCUCGAGGGGAAUCGAUUGAGUGACUUCGACUACAAACAGUUUCAUUCAAAGCAUGAAACCCUGAAGGAGCUGGCCUUACAGGACAAUCAUUGGAGUCCUGGGUUGUAUCGCAAAAUGUUUAUUUACCUCAAUGAUCGAGGGGUUCGCCUGCAGGCGAGGAUCGAACAUAAAGUCCAAAUAAAUGACAGUCAGGUGGACAUAGACUGGCCGCCAAAGGAAGCGUCCGCCCAAAAACUGGACGCGGCCGGUGUGACGGGAAUACAUCCCUACUGGACUCUGAGGGAUAUCCUGGCCUUCGCCACCUUGCUGGUGGUGCUGGCCAUCUUGCUGAUGAAUCUCUACCACAUUCUGGAGGAGGAGGGCUGCCUUCGCCGAUUUCGACGCUGGAGACGGUCCACCGUUCCCGGAGGUAAUACCAGGACAAGCACUAGGCGACUCAACGAGCAGGACUCCGAAAACAGCUCCAGUGAUUAGAUGGAAUAUGUGAUCUAAAGCUCCGAAAACUAUUUGAAACUACACCUCCUACACCUACACCUCCUAAGGAUAAUAGAACAAAUUUCAAAGCUCUUAUUAAUUCUAAAAGUAUAGUCUUUCUAAACUGUACGCUGUGUUAUUUGAAAACUUGUUUCUUAUCAAGAACAACUAUAUUUGUUUAUAUUCAAGGUACUGAUAGGAAUUCCGCUUUAUACAAAAGAUAAUGUGUAAUACACUUGCUAUUAAAUAAAUGUUAAUUAAUUAAU